AUGACAAAGCUAGAGCCGUUCAUGGGCCACUACUACCUGUGGUACUAUGUCCCUUCACUCGUUCCUGCAAUAAUAGGCACUGUAAUAUUCUCUAUUUUGACAGCGCUGCACAUGUGGCGCCUGCUGAGGGCGCGGACCUGGUUCUGUAUACCCUUCACUAUCGGCGGAUGCUUUGAGGUAUGCGGUUACGCAGGAACAUGUGCAUCACAUUCCAAUACUGCUAGCAUGGCCGCUUAUGCAGUCGCCGGUGACGGAACACUCCUUGCGCCGGCCCUAUUCGCAGCAUCCAUUUACAUGACAUUAGGCCGCAUCAUGUCGAGUGUCAAGGGAGAGAAAUAUUCCGUCAUUCCAAUCCAAUGGCUGACGAAACUGUUUGUGCUUGGUGAUAUUCUUUCCUUCGUUGUGCAAGGGUCCUCCCUAGGGCUGACUAUCACCGGCCACGACUCUUGGGGAACGGUCGUGGUUGAACUUGGUCUCGUGAUACAGGUGGCGUCAUUUGGAGUAUUUCUCAUAACUGCCGUUGUAUUCCAUUGGCGCCUGCUCAAGAGUUCUUCUUGUCCUUCUUUGGAAAACGAAACCUGGCAAGACAAUGCCUGGUUGGCGCAUUUGAAAGUGCUGUAUUGCAUCAGCGGGCUGAUCAUGCUUCGAUCUAUAUUUCGUGUUAUAUUGUAUGCAGGCGGACGGAAAGGUUAUACCCUGACACACGAGUGGCUAAUGUACGUUUUUGAUUUUCUUCCAAUGGCUAUCGUGAUGGUCGUGUUCUUCUUCGGGUACCCCAACGAGCUCAUUGCUAAGGAUACGCAUGAGCUGCAAGAAACAUAA